AUGCCUGCAUAUUCUACAGUGCCGAAGCCCCCUUCGCUCGGCCACCGCGUGCCGGACCGGCCGCACGCCGUGUCGGUGCACCUCCCCCGGUGGCGCGACGUCGUCGACUUCUCCGCCGGCGACUCGCGCGUCCGCAGCGUGCAAAAGGGCGGCUACCCGCGCUCCUUCCUGCACGAAGCCAUCGUCACCGCGCACCGCGUCCUCGCGGAGAAGUUUGGUAGCGACGGCCAGUCUUGCCUGCUGUUCCCGACGCGCGCCUACGCCCUCGCCUGUGAGCGGUACCUCUGCGCGCCGCCGGACGGGUCCGCCGGCGUGGCCGCGCAGGAGGUCUCGGUCCGGCCGUUCAGCUUCGCCGUGGAGCAGCAUGCGGAUAGGAUGACGCUGCACGCCGCGUUCUUCCCGAAAGACAAGGCGAAGAACGCGAUGAUCUUUUGGCGGCUCACCGGCUGCGGCAUCUCGUCCCGCCUGGCGCAGGACAUGCUGCCCGGGCUGGAGUCGGUCUCAGUGGCCGACAGCGCGGCGGACACGCGCCUGCCACGGGAUGAGGCGUCGGAGAAGACCAUCCGGGAGCGGCUAGCCGGACUGUUGGACCGGGCGCCGGUGGACGGGCCGCGGGAGCAGCUGGUGCGGCCGGAGGACGUCUUCCUGUACCCGACGGGCAUGUCGGCCAUCUACAACUGCACCCUGGCGCUGGGCGGCGGGCUGCCCGGCGCGCAGAUGGUCGUCUUCGGCUUCCCCUACGAGCUGACGCUCAAGGUGCAGGAGGACUUUGCCAAGGCGUGCACAUUUUACGGCUUCGGCACGGACGAGGAGCUGGACCAGUUCGAGCACCUUCUCGCCUCCAAGGCGGCCGCCGCACCCCCGGGGGAGCCGCCGAUUCAGGCGGUGUGGUGCGAGUGCGCGUCGAACCCGCUGCUGCGGACGGUAGACCUGGACCGGGUGCGCCGGUUGGCGGACCGGUACGGUUUCGUGGUGGUGGUGGACGACACCAUCGGCAGCGCGGCCAACGUCGACGUGCUGGGCGUCGCCGACAUCGUCGCCACCUCGCUCACCAAGACCUUUAGCGGCUACGCCGACGUCAUGGGCGGCAGCCUUGUCGUCAACCCUUGUUCCGCGCACCACUCCCGCCUCCGGGCCCUCCUCCUCGACGGCACCAGCCACGGGACGCUGUACCGCACCGACGCGGCGCAGCUCGAGCGCAACAGCCGGGACUACCUCUCCCGCACCGCCAUCCUCAACCAAAACGCGUCCUACCUCGUCUCCCUCCUCUCCCCUCUCACCGCCUCCCACCACCCUCGCAGCCCUCUCUCCCACGUCUACCACCCCAGCACCUGCUGGUCCGCCGCCAACUACGCCGCCCGCAUGCGCGCCCCCACCGCCGACUUCGCCCCCGGCUUCGGGUACCUGCUGACGCUCGAGUUCUGCAGCGUGGAAGCGGCGGGGGCCUUCUUCGACGCGCUGCGCGUGUGCAAGGGGCCCUCGAUCGGCGCGCAGGUGACGCUGGCACUGCCGUACGUGCAGGUGGUGUUUGCGCAGGAGAAGGCGUGGGCGGCGCGGUACGGGCUGAGCGAGGCGAUCGUGCGCAUCUCGGUCGGGCUGGAGGACAAGACGGCGCUGGCGAUGGCGUGCCUGGAGGCGAUGCGCGCGGCGGACGCGACGGUCAACGGGGAGGACGGGGGGGAGGAGCGGGACGCGGCGGACGCGGCGGGCGUCGAGAUCGGAAGGGAGGCGGUCAUUUCCGGGCUCGAUUCGGCAUCUCUGCCGCCCCUCGUGCCGCAGAUCUAA